AAUGCUAUAAUUUUUCAAAGUUAUACUGUUUUUACGAGGAUUUUUAGCCCUUAUGGUUCUUCCAAUGGACCUCAUUCCUUUGUGAAUGUUGGUUUAGGAGGAUUCGGUGCAGGUGCUCUCCAAAGUAUAUUGAUGUGUCCUAUUGAGUUAGUUAAAAUUCGCAUUCAACUUCAAAAAAAUAUUGAGAAUCUUUCAAAAAACAAAAAGAGCACUCCUUUGAUAUUGGCUGAGAAGAUUUGGAAAAAUGAGGGUGUUUGUGGCAUUUAUCGAGGAUUUGGCAUCACUGUUCUUAGAGAUGCACCUGCUUUGGCCUCCUACUUUGUAGCAUAUGAGUACACGAGGGAGAAACUCCACCCUGGUUGUAGAGAAAGUUGUCAAGAAAGCGUGCAUACUAUGUUUAUAGCAGGAGGAGUAGCAGGGAUUGCGAGUUGGGUUUUUAACUAUCCUACAGAUGUUAUAAAGACUAGAUUGCAGGCUCAAACAUCAUCUUCAUUGAAAUACAAAGGUAUCUUGGAUUGUACCUUAAAGAUAAUCAAAGAAGAAGGUUCAAUUGUGUUAUGGCGGGGAUUAGGAGCAACACUUGUUCGAGCUUUUGUUAUGAAUAGUGCUAUUUUUCCUACUUAUCAAAUGGCUUUGAGGUGUUUGACCAAUAAUUAA